GAAAUUGGUAAUUUACUUUUCCUACAACUGUCCGAUUUUCUUGUUAAGUGUUCAACUUCGUCGUUUGAGUACCAUGUUUUGAAGCGUAUUAAUAAACAUUUAUGGAAAAUAUUGCAUAUAUUCGUAUUAGUAGCCGUACUCUAUGUAAUUAUACUUUUUCAGCAUUUUUUACAAAAAUAACUAUAUUAGUAUAAUCCAGUUACAAAAACACGCUGUUUGAUUUAAUUUAAUUUAAUUGCAAAACGAUUGAUUCCUUAUAUAUUUUUUCAUUAAACACAAUAAACUUGUUUUUAAUUUUCAUUUUGUUAAUUGCGCUUACUUUCACAACUAUGAAAUGAAGUGAAUAACCACUUAGAUAUUUUGCACACAACAAUAAGCAAAUGAUAAGAUAAAACACAAAUAUCGAUUUUUUAGUAUCAAAAGCGUAACAGUUUCUGCAUUGAUGCCAUAAUAUUUCAAUUUGAAACCAAUUUUCUAGUUCACUUUAAAAUUUUUAGGUCAAAAGAGUGGUUCUGGAGAACUGCAUCUGCAGAAAAGAUAUAAGCAGUGAAGUUCAGAUACUGAGUUACAUAAAGUCAACAUUAAAUAAAAAUCUAUAUGUUAAAAAGUUUAGAAGUGAACCACACAAGAAAUUGUUAGCAUUUUUUUUUAUUUCAAUAUGGGAGAAAUCCAAGUGAGUGAAACAAAACUUAUUACCGAUAGGCUACCGCUGCAUUAUGCAUGUUUGACUGAUGAUUUCGACACCAUAAAAUUGCUAGUAACACGUGGUGUGCUUGUGAAUUUUCCUGAUGCAAAUGGUGUGUUGCCUAUGCAUAUUGCAUGUGAAAACUCCAGUGUGGAUGCAGUCCAAUUGUUACUGUCAAAUGGUGCGAACCUGGAAGACCCUGACGCUAAUGGUAAACUACCAAUACAUUAUGCCUGUCAAAAUUACAUGUAUGGGGAUGAUCUCGUAGCAUUUUUAAUUGAAAAAAAAGUCAAACUGGACGUUCCCGAUACACGUGGUCGUCUACCCAUACACUAUUCGUGUGAAAAUUUGGGUUCGAAUGUACUCAGACUAUUGCUAGCGCAUAAUGUAAAAUUAGAUGUUCCGGAUGCUAGUGGUUGGUUGCCGAUCCAUUAUGCGUCCAAAAACGGACACGUAGACAAAGUUAAAAUACUGAUAGCGAAAAACGCGCAAGUAAAUAUUCCAGAUGCAAGCAAAAAAACGCCUCUACACUACGCCUGCGAAAAUUGGGACACAAGUGUGGUUAAAUUACUGCUAGCGAAAGGUGCGGCAGUGAAUUAUUGCGAUGAAAAUGAUCGAUUGCCUAUCCACUACGCGUGUGAGAAUCGAUGGUGCAGUCGUGACAUUCUAAUACUGUUGAUGGAAAACCGAGCUAGGCUUAAUAUCCCUGAUAGGAAUGGUCGGAUGCCUAUUCAUUGUGCGUGCGACAAUGUAAACAUAGAUACUUUAAAACUGUUGAUAGAGAACUUAGCAACUGUUAACGUUCCGGAUAAAAAAGUACAGUUACCCUUGCAUUUAGCCUGUAAAAAGGGAAAUACACAUAUGGUGAAAUUACUGGUUGAAAACGGGGCGAUAUUAGAUAUUCCUGAUAUUGACGGCUGGUUGCCGAUACAUUAUGCCUCCGAGAAUCGGUUUGUAGAUACAUUAGGUGUGCUAAUUGGGUUUGGAGCAGCAUCAGAUGUUCCGGAUGUGAAUGGAAGACUCCCGACACAUUACAUGAGAAGAAAAUUGUAAUUGUAUCAUUAAUUUUAAUAUUAUUUUGUACAAAUGGUUUAUGUUUCAAAAUUUAUGGUUACCUAUAUUUUGAAGACAGUAAUAAACGUUGAUUCCUUAAA